UUGUUUCGUUUCCUUUUCUGUUUCAUUUAUCUCUCCAAACAAAAGCAACAGUGCAUUCCCUUCCCUUCCCAUUCCAUUCAAUCCGAUUCCUUCCAUCCAAACAGUCCGAAAGAAGUCACGUGAAUGAUCGCAGUACUGAAGAAAAGGCGUCAGGUGCCAUCCACAUGAGUCAUAAACGUGGUGCCUGCCAAUAGAGGGUGAAAAAACACAAAAAACAAACAAAAAGUCGGGAUUGAACUCAAAAAUUAAAAGCAGCUUCUCCUUACCUACGGGAUUUGGUGUGUAACUAUAAUCAUCUGGUCCUGUCCUAAUGGGCUGUGCCACUUGCAGCAAUUUUCGAACCUCUUCUCUUAUACUUCCAUGGAGACCCGCUUCUCAGAUUUUACUCUCUUCGUUCCCUUCGAAGCUCAGAUUACCGAAACUAGGGCACAUGAACCUGGUUAGGCGUAAUCUGGUGGCCAGGAACGCUUUUGGGUUCGAUGAAAAUGAUUCCUUUAAUGGGUUUCCUGUCACAUCCAACAAGCUUUUCAUGCAAGAGGCAAUUGGGGCUGAAUAUGGAGAAGGUUUUGAGACUUUUAGACCAGAUGGGCCUCUAAAGGUUGAUGUGGAUUUUUUGAACGACAGAUUGCAAGAAGGUUUUCUUCAACGAAUACGCUAUGCAAUGAAGCCGGAUGAAGCAUAUGGCCUUAUCUUCUCCUGGGACAAUGUGGUGGCAGAUACUCGAGCUUUAAAGUUGAAUGCAUGGAAGCAGCUUGCCCAUGAAGAGGGAAAAAAAAUGCCUGAAAAUGGUGAUGUGCAAAGACUGAUGGUAUAUGCAGGUGCUGAUCAUGUAGUCCAUAAGUUUUUAGUCUGGGAUGAAUCAGAAAGUGAAUGGGAAAGAUUGAAGCUUAGGUUUUCGCAGUUAUAUUAUGGGAAUCUCCUCGAACUUAAAGAACCCAUGGAGGGGCUCAGAGAAUGGUUGGAUGCAGUGUCUACAGCUAGCAUCCCCUGUGCUGUUGUUUCAAGUCUUGAUCGGAGAUACAUGGUAGAGGCCCUAGAGCAAAUGGGGCUCAAGAAGUACUUCCAGGCAAUUGUGACCGAAGAAGACGGUAUGGAAUCAAUAGCUCAUAGGUUUCUUUCUGCAGCUGUGAAGUUGGACCGGAAACCAUCCAAGUGCGUAGUGUUUGAGGAUGACCCGAGGGGUGUAACUGCUGCUCACAACUGUACAAUGAUGGCUGUGGCACUAAUUGGUUCUUACCCAGCGUACAAUCUGGUGCAGGCAGAUCUCGCAGUGGCUGGCUUUAAUGAGCUUUCAGUAAUCAACCUGCGAAGAUUAUUUGCCAAUAAGGGUUCUACAUUCAUGGACCUGCAGAAGCAGAUUGUAGAGAAAUCUCCUCCAAAAAGGAAGCUUACCAUAGAUACUAUUUUUUGAUUCCCUUUUUCCAUCCAAGUUUCUCCUUGUAAUUAAAAGCAGCUGGUCGUCACCCUCCUUUUGUACUGUUGUUUUAGUGCUCUCUGAAUUUUUUUAUUUAUUUGAAUUAUUAUGUGAUAUGAUUAAAUUUUGUGCGGUGGUUUCCCAAUGCAAACGUGAAUUCUUAUAA